UCUUGAGAACAACUGUUCUUCAAAAAACUGUUCUUUGUUCAAUAUUUAUUACUUCACGUUGUUGAUUUUAUUUUUUACAACGACAUUAUGCUAUUUUGGCAACAGGUAGUCUAAAGUGAUAAUUAGUAAAAUGAUGUUUAAUUCAUGAGUGCUUCGAAAUCAGACAGACUCAAGUUCAUGAUAGACCCCACAAUAGCAGUCACAGUAAGGGAUGUACUGCUAGCACGUGGUUGGACAGAGGUAACAAAGGAGGGCAAUGAUGGCUGCUGGGAUGUGUACUGGUGUGACGUGGGCAUGACCCGAGAAGCCUUGGAAAUGUGCAAACACGGCGGCCACCAACGGGUACCCCACUUCCGCAACAACUCCGAGCUCACCACCAAGAACAUGCUCUUCCGCAACAUGAAGAGAUACAAACGAACCCUGGUCCAAAAUGGUAAAACAAAAGAAGCAGAGUUGUGCGAUUGUCUACCAAUCAUAUUUGAAUUGCCCGCAGAAUACCUCAUGUUUGUAGAAGAGUACCGAAAGAGUCCAGGAAACACUUGGAUUGUGAAACCUGCCCGUGGAAGCAAAGGAAGAGGAAUUUUUCUGUUCCAAAAACUGAGAGACCUGAUGGAGUGGAGGGAGCAGCAGAGGGCACAAUGUGAGGAGCAAGACAGAUUCUGGCUGAUCCAGCGAUACAUUGAGAAACCGUAUCUGAUUGGCUGGUCAUUAUUGCAGACUGAGAGACCUGAUGGAGUGGAGGGAGCAGCAGAGGGCACAAUGCGAGAAGCAAGACAGAUUCUGGCUGAUCCAGCGAUACAUUGAGAAACCGUAUCUGAUUGGCUGGUCAUUAUUGCAGACUGAGAGACCUGAUGGAGUGGAGGGAGCA